CAUAAUUAACUAAUUGAGAUUAAAUAUUUAAAAUUAGAGAUCUGGGCAGACCCCAACAAAUUCACGUCAACUGAUCAAAUCCUACAACACGACCAGAAACCAAAAUCAAUCUUGGUUGGCCCAACCAAAUCGAAUAUAUAUAGUUUUUGCUUGUGGGGAUUUGGUUGAAGAAGAAUCCCGAUAAUCCUAAUUUUUACACGGGCAGGUGCCGUGAUUUGUUUCGGUUCGAUCGUAUCUCUUUGAUCUUUUCCCAUUCCCAAAUAUCCACCCACCCACAAAAUCUUCCUUGGUUUCUGUUCUUUGGCUUGUUGUUAUCAUGCAUGGCAUGUUAUUAAUAAGGAUACGUGCUCUCUUGAUUUGCUUUAUCAAUCUCUUGAUUCAUUGCUCGAGCAGAUGUACUCGUGUAUAAGAUUCAUCAUAAUCUUCUCUCAACAACUCGAGUUAUUAAUAGCAACUGGUUUAUGACAAUAUUGACCAAGUUGUUAUGGGACAAUCCAAAUAACACAUCGAAAAUACAAAGGAAAUGAUCCUUGUAGAUUAGUAUCCGGCCACCUAGCCCAAUUUGUACGAGGUAUUUUGGGGAAGACACCCAAGAGUAAAUCCGUGCGGUUUUGGCCCAAAGCGGACACGCAGAUGUAUAUCAUAUACUUUAGUCCUUGCCAUACAUGUAUGCAUGUUUACACAAACAAACAAAAAAAAUUAACUAUGGCAUGGGUUAUUUAUAGGUAAUAAACAACUCGAUUAUUUAUAACGAUUUGUCUUAAUUGACGGAUUGGAUCAUGUUUUUUUGUUGUGUGGAUGAUAACUGAAUGUGAGAUGACCAUUUAGUGUACUCCGAGUGUCAUCCAAUAUCAUCAAUACUAUCCAACUCUUAAAUAGAUAGUGUCAUCUUUUAUUAUUAUAGCAUGCAUCCGAUUCAUAAGUGAAUGAUACAUACUAAUUAACAUCUUGUAUACCAUCCAAUUUGUUAAAUAAAUGGUACUAUCUAACAUCAUGAUUAUCAUCCAACAUACUAUAAAAAAAAAUCUUUUUAUGGUACGUAACGAAUUGUUGUCGUGACAUGGUGACGUGUCAAGGUAUCUCACGAAAACUCGUUACCAAAAGUGAUAACCAACUCACAAGAAAAAUUGAACAACGUUAUUUGAAAAGAUGGAUCAUUUUUAUUUCCAGAUACAAUUGCAGUAUUAACAAGUUUUAAUCUUUAAUGGAGCCCCAUACUCUUGUGUAAUCUGUUUGCAGGGAUGGGCCGCCAUAAUCGAUCUUGAUCAUCGAUUACAUGUUCAUUGCAUCCGUUUGAUGUGACUUAGCAAAUUGUCGUGAGUUCAAUAUGUAAUGUGGAGGAAGUAACAAGUAGGGCUCUCGGCUCUGGUUACAGUGGCGGAGUCAGAACUGUGAGCGAGGCAAGGUCAGAGAUAUGAAACUCGAUAUCUAUUUUGGAUUCUGACGCGGUCGGUGUAGGGGUUAGUGUCUUGCUAAUUGUUAUAUGUUUUUCGAAUGUUGUUGUAUCAUGUAGAGAGCUAUCUUGUGACAGAUAGGCUUGAAAUUUGCGUAAAGUUAUCAUAUCUUAUAAUUAAAUCAACAAUCAGUAUUGAGAGCAAUGAUAUAUAGUUUAAACACAGAAAAACUAUCUAUCAAAAACUCUAAUACCGUAUAAUAAAGGAUGCAUUAGUUCCCCCAAGAACUCAAUUUAUCAUAAACCAAGUAGUCUCGCGAAAGCCGACUUAUCAUCUUAAAGUUUACAGAGGUCAAUCAUACCACGAGAUUUAAUCAUCUAUUAAUAUUGGACCAGGUUGUAAGGAAUUGAACACUAAACCUCAUUAUCAUCAGACCAUGUACUUUUGGCUUAGAUAACGUAACUUAAUUAAGUACUUAAAGCACUAUAUAGUGCAAGAAAGGAGGAGAAUAGAAGCAUUUCUUACGUAAGAUUAGUCUCUGCUAAUAACAGAUUAUUAUAAUUAAGUCGACAUCCGUAGUCCAUACAACACUAACCUACCUGAAAAGAAAAAAGGGGAUCAAUGGGGGACCAAAGCGUUUAAUUAGGAUUCCAUGAACAUGAUCCCUUUUUUUUCUCAAAUUCUCGUUCACAAAUUCAUUCACCUAAUUAACCAACCGAUUCCCUUUUAAUUAUUUCGUCCCAAAUGUCGACCACGUAAUCGUGUUUCAUUUGAUAGCUUCAUGUCCACUUGAUUAAAACGACAACAAUCAUGAAAGUAAAGUAAUUAUAUUUUUUGGUAGUUAUCACCACAACCAAAAGUAAAGUAAUUAUAUAUUUUUUUUAAUCUAGAAGACGGCCUAACUUACUACUAAAGAAUAUAGGUUACUUAGCUUGGUAAGGAAUCAAGGGUGUUUAUUUUCUGAGGAGGAAUUUUAACACUUCUUAGAUGAAGUUCAAGAACAAAACAACCACCUUUCAUAUGAAAAGUCGAAUCAGUUUCAAACACAUAAGUUGGAUUGUCUGUCCUGUGAUGGAAGUUUUGAGAUCAUGUUUUUUUUUCAAAUGAGAUGCAAAUAAGAGGUCGGUUGUUUGGAGGCACGACUUGUAAAUAUGUGAAUUUCGGUAACAUGGAGAUAUAAUUGGGGUGAAAUUUGUGGUGUGCGAGAGAUUUAGAGAUGGUAUCUUUUGUUUGUUUGAUUUGGAGUGAAUGAACUUUUCUCAGGAGUUUGUUUGAUUGAGAAAUGUAUUAGUAUAUCCUCAUCACUUCUUUUUAACUGGGCGGUUGACGUACAUUUUAUUUUCCUUUUUGUUUUGUAUUCUCCAAACUAUCCUCGUACAUUUUCUUUUACUCCUCGAAUUUUUCAACCUCUUCUUUGUCCCAAAUUUUUUGUUGUGUUCUCAUCUUCAUCAAAUAAUGACUAGCUACAAACAAACACUUUUUUUCUUUAACAAAUAAUGAAUUCUCAAUCUUUUUAAUUUUUCGCCCCAAAAGAUUACCAUGUUUACAGAUCAAAAAAGGUUAUCGUAUUUGUUAAGGAUAAUUUAUGCUAUCUAAGAAAGAAUAAGAACACACAGGUUAAUUCAGUUUAAAUAAAUCUCAGAUAUAUCGAGUCAACUAGUUUACGAAUUGAUUUGUAAAUUUUUCAAUUCACGAAAUGAUUCUUCAAUUAAAAGAACGGUCGGAUUCUCUGAAUGAAACAAACAAAAAAAUGUCAGUUUUUUCAAUUUAAAAGAUACGACAUCAAAUUUUACCAGUCAAAUCUUACAUCCCAACGACUCUAUCUAUCAAUUUUCCUAAUCCCAUCUGGAGAUAGAAUUCAACAUGAACAUUAAGAUGCAUUGAUCCUAACCCAAACCCACGUCAAAUCCAUUUUUUAUGAUGAAAACGAAAUUGUCAUCCCAUUUUUUCAACCCUUUUGAGAGGGUAUGGGCCCUUAAGGGCCAAGGCAACAAGUUGAAGAAGAAACAAAAAUGGAGUGAUAGGAAUGAAGAAGGAAUAUUAUGUGACCCUACAAAGGAAAACAAACAAAAUUGCUCAAUGCAGUGUACAUAUUUUACAUCACAUCCCCAAUUUGUCCAAGACAAGUGAACCAAAGUGGCAAACAAUGAACCUCUCUCUCUACCACUCUCUCUCUCUCUCUACAUCUUUCAAGGACCCAUUUUUCCUUUCCUAAAGAUGUAGUCAAUGUCGUAAAUUGCAAACCAAGAUUGAUCCAAAAAUUUCCCAACAAAGCAUUAAAGAAAUGAAAACCGCAGAGAAAUUUCGCUGUCUCUUGGUAGGAAGAUCAAAGGUGGAAACUUUAUGCAAUGUUGUGUGGGGAAGGAACCAAAAAAUUUGACCUAAUGGAGAUUGGUGAAAGAAGGACUACUAAUGGAAACCCUGAAGAAGGUAUUGGUUUGACUUCUUCAUUGGUUCAUUCACAGAGAAUUCCUUUAACCUAAACUAUAAUAAGUUAGUUAUGUGCUUGGGGAAGCUUUUCCUAAUUACAACUUGAAAUUCAUGAUAUUGCAAGAUUGGUCAGUAGAGUGGGUGAUUUGUGAGUUUAAUCGAGUUACUUGGAAACGACUCGUGAAAAUGAUGGAUGGUGACUCUAGUAGAUGGGUUCGGAGUCCUCAAUUAGAUUAGUUAACCAACUGGAUGAUUAGAUGAGUCGUGCACGAGUCGUAAGUGACACUUGCAAUCUUGGUAUAUAGAUGGGUAAUGUUUCACUUCCACUACAAUCCACUACCAUACGGAUGAAUUAGCUUGAUAAAUUUUUUUUUUUAUCCAUCCUAUGACCAAUCGGUGUGACGUAAUACUUCAUUAUGACAAUCCCAUUUACCAGAUGGAUGGAGUAAGUGGGUGAUAUUCAACUGGCUCGUACGAUUAAUCGGCCCUAUAUAUUAUUAUUACUUAAUCAUGCUAAUCAAUGAACGAUUGGAAAUUCCUCUUUACAGAUGUAACUUAAUUUGUGUUUAAUUAGUGUAGAUAACUCUAAGGAUCAUGUUAAUUACUUCAUUGACUGACACUAAAGACAACAUUAACAUGAAGGACCAUGUAGAAGUUGUUUCAUGCACUUAUUAGCAAUUAUGACAUACCCACUAGCGAUGCUAAUGAUAUGGUGGAUACGUUUUGUUUAUUGUGUUUGUAAAUGAAGUUUGCCCAUUAUAAUUUGAGGGAAUUUUCAAACACUUAGCCAUCCUAUGUAUGUGCGAUUGUAUGUUUUGAUGUAAUUGAGAUUAAUCAUGUGAUUUACAAGUACUCAAAUGCAUAGUUCGAUCUAAAAAAAAAUGCAUAAUCAGGCGCAAAAAAAAAAAAAACAAAGCAAGAUGUCGAAUUCAAAAUUAGUCUCCUCUAGUUGAAAUCUUCGAUUAUUCAUCACCAACAAUAAUAAAAUUUUAUUACUAACAACUUGUCAUAGAUAGGUGAGACAAUUAAGUCAUCUAGAAGAAAAAAAAUAUAAACUUCUAUUCCUACCCAAACUCCAUUAUAAACAUUCCUGCUCCUCAUGAAAACAUCAACCCUAAUUACAUCAUGAUCGCAAUCAGUGGACACUUAAUCAACUAAAUACAAUAAUUAAUACAAACCCAUCAAAUUGCCACAAAUCUGUUGUUUUAAAAAACAGAGUGGCACAAAGUCUAAACCAAAUCCAGACCCCAAAAGGGGUAGGUAAUUGGUUUAAUUGGAUUAGCAAAUUAUAAAAACAGAACACGAAGAGCAGCUGGCACAAGUUCAUCCAAAAUUAUGGAUUAAUUAGUACUAAUUCUGCCCCCCCAAAUCCCUGAGGCCCUCUUCUCAAUUGCCCCAAUUGCCAUUACCAUAAUCAAAUAUUAACUUAUGGAAACAACUCACUCGAACCAAAAUUAGCCAGGUCCACCCAACCCAGAGCCAACCAAAAUAUAAUGCACAUUCAUUGAUUCAUUCAUGCACCUGGCUUAACCCACUAGCCAGCAGCCAACCCAUUUCUUCUGCUGCUCUGGUCCAUCCAUGAACCACACUACUUGCUCAAUCAACUUGCAAAAGUUCUUAUUUGUCAGACUUUCAAAUUCAACCCCCCACCACCAAUACCAUGUAAAUUGAGAAUUGUUUGAUUAAUUGUGCCCACUAGGAACCAAAAUUCCAUUGGCUAGCUAUUUUCAGAAAGUUGUGGUUUGAUUUACUUAGAAAAAUGUAAAUACUUUUAUGUUUUAAGAUGGGAAGGUUCUAAUUUAAUGUUAUUGACAAGUCACACUCUCUUUCAUCGGUAGGAUUGGUGAACUAUCUGUUGUAAUCGAAUACACGUGUUUCUACCAAUUUAAUACAUUUUUCGAAAUGUCGGGAGGGAUAUACAGUUUGGUAUUAGAAAUGUCAUGUUAAUGUGCUUAUUAUCUUUUCAAUUCAGAUUAUGGAGUUAAAAUUAGAAUGAGAAAAUUAUGACAUGAUGUAUUUAGGAAAUUUGUGCACUUUAAGUAUUGACAGGUUACAAGGUCUAUCAUGAGUUCAAAAAGUAUCAACCGUAAAAAAUUAACGUAUUACUCAUUGACUCGCUACGACACAACACCUAACAAUGGCCAAGUGUAACCAAUGGAAGAGACUGCAGUAUAGUGGCUCAAGUGAUAAAUAUCGAAUCCACGGGUCUCUAGAGUUACUAUUACUCAGCUUCAGUUUAUUAUUUAGCAAACCAGAUUAAGAUGAAAGAACUAAAACUACUCUAGUAAACUACAGUUAAAGUUAAUCUAAUUACAGGUUGCGAACUCACUUAGGUAUGAUUCCCCCUAGCCACUAGCCAGACUAACGAUUGAUGAUUUCUAAUUUGUUUCACUUUCAUUCACAAUGCGGAGAAUCCUUGACUAGACCUUGAGUCUCGACUAAAGGAACAAGGCCCUCUUGAGUCAAUUGCCUAGAGGGACGUAUCCUUCUCUAGAACAACUGAUCAAGGCGUUCUGAACUAGACUCCCUCUAUCGAAAGAGGUUCUCAAUCAAUACAAAGCAGUGAAUCAACCCUCGACUAAAGCAAUCGAUCCACUACUAUCAAUCUAUGGUGCUCUAUUGACCUAAUCUGGUAUUCCCUCUCAUAGGAUCAAAGCAGAAUCAAUAACCUCGACUAAAGCAGAAUUGAAUCAUGAAAACAUGCAUAGAUUGAAUAUGAACUCAAGAUUAUCAAGUCAGAGUACUCAUACAAUCAUCCAAUCAAACAAACAUAGCUAGGGUUCCUCAAAACCUAAGUGAAGGGAAGUUACUCCAUAGAGAAGAGAGAGACUGCAGUAAGAAUCUUCAGAUGAUCAGUCUUCAAGUCCGGGCUUGUUCCUCGAGCUUCCACGGCAAAGAAAUCCUCCAAUUCCACUCCAAGAAUGCCCUCAAAUCGCCCUCUCUCUCUCUUUGGUUCGUCCCUUGGGUGUUUGGGAUCCAAAACCCAGCUCUCCCUCUCAUUUGGCUCGAAAUUGGCUUAAAAACCCGAUUCUGGGCAAAACACUGUCGAGGACACAGCCGUGUUUUGCUUUUGUCCGCCCGUGUUUUGCCCCGUGUUAAAAACACGCCCGCGCGCGUCGGCCAAAACACGGUCGUGCCUAAAUAUGGGCACGGCCGUGUUUUGAUUUAGGCGCGCCCGUGUUUUUACUGCCGAACUUGUUCCCCUAUAUUCAAUGCUUCGUUUCUCCCUCGUCCGGACUCCGAAUCAGUCGACGUUUGAUCCCAGACGCUCAUAGUCUCGUCCUCUUUCUUUUCAUGACAAGCUUGCAUGAUUCUUUGUCCAUAAAGUGAAGUAGAAAUCUAUUCUUCUUCAGGUCAUGCCCGAGUUUCUUCUCCCGAAUCGCCAAUUGAUCUCUGAUUGACUUGAAACUUGCGCCUAUACUUCACUUUAUGUGCUAGGACCUGAAAUGUGACAAAGGAACACAACCUAGCGUAAAAUAGGCCAAAGACGCGAUAAUUAAAGCUCAAACGAUCAAUAAACAAAGGGGAAAACAUGUGCAAAUAUCGAGUCAUCACUCAUAAACCAUACGCUCAAUAUUUGAUAAACCAUAUCAAGAUAUAUUAUCUUUUGAAUUUAGUUCCUAUUAUAUGUUUAAACCAAUAAUACGUUAAUAAAAUUUCAACAUUUUAAGAUAUUGACGGGUCACGAGAUCUAUCGAGAACUAAUGUAAAUAUUGUAAUUAAAAAUAAUGUAUUACUCUGGAAUAAUAUUUUCCAAUAUUCCACAUAACCAUACUCAUUCACUAUCAUUUUUAACUAACUAUUGAAUAAUACUUAUAGCAAGAACAUCGACGCACUUUUAGUAUCAACAGGUAACAAGACUUGUCUAGAAUAUCAAAACUAGUAUAGUGCUAAUGCUAUCUCCUAGUAUUAUCUAAACCAUAUAUGUUGAAUUCAAUUCUUGAUUUUUAUUUAUAGCAAGAUCGACGCACUCUUGGUAUCAACUGGUCACAAGGUUCAUCUGACCAGGCAUUGUCAUGAAGGUCACAAUGUGUAUCAGGAAUUGGCAAUUUACAAAUUGUAAUAAAAAUUAAUGCAUUACUCAAGAAUGAUAUUUUAUAUAUUCCCUAAACCAUAUUAAUUUUGUUAUAAUUUUUUAUUUAAUUUCUCAUUGGUACUUAUAGCAAGAAAAUCUACGUACUUUUAAUAUCAACAAGUCACAAGGUUUAUCCAGAAUAUCAAAACUUACUUCGUGUGAAUGCUAUCUCACAGGUAUUCACUAAGCCAUAGUAAUCCAUAUCUUCUUAAUUCAAUUCUCGAUUCGUAUUUAUGCCAAGUAAAUCUCAAUUCAAUUGUACACAAGGUUUAUCCAACCCGGCUUUAUCGCAUUUAAGCAAAACACUAAUUAAAAUAAAAAAUAUAUAUAUUACCUAAAAUCAGCCCUUUAUACAAGAAUCUAAUCAAUCUAUUACCUUUGAAACUUAAUCACUAAUCUCUAAUCACCUCUUAUAUAUAAUCACAAUAUGCAUAUGAAAUUAUAAUCACAAUAUGCAUAUGAAAUUUAUAAUGUACUACAAAAAAAAGAAUUAGUAAAAGGAGUUGGCUAGCCAUAGAGCAAAUUGGGGCGGGAUAUGGAGGACGGUUGGACCGGAUGAAUAAAAUAUUCAGGUUCAUGGAAGGAUUCAAUGCAUGAAAGCCGAGCUAAGUAGAGCCAUUGCAUCAAUCGCUGUCUCUGUAAGCACACACAGAAUUUUUCUCUUUCUUUCCUUUUUGUUUAAUUUCCCUUUGUGAUAUAUAAAUACAUUUCGAUGAUUCCGUUUGCUUUAAAAAGUUGCGGAAAAAAAAUUCUUCCUUUCGAAACAGAGUACCAAAGCUUCAUUCUCCUUCUUCUUCCUCUUCUACCUCUGCCUUUCUCUCUGUGUUCGUUCUUUCUCUUCUUCCUUUUUUUGCCCCCUUCUUGAAGAGGGGGUUUCAAGUUGUCUGCUUUUCAUUUUUCGAAUGCAUUCAGGCUUUCUGGGUUCUUUGAUCCUGGUGUAUGUUCUCUUCCUGGUGUUGAUUUUCUCAAGUUUCUGCGGGGGUUUCGUUCUUCUUCAAGGAAUCUUCUUCUUCUUCUUCCGGGUUUCUGGGAUUUUUCAAUCAUGCCUGCUCUUGUUAACUACAGUAAUGGUGAGUUAUUUCUUUCUGGGCUCUUUUCUCUAAUUGGGUUUUUUGAUUGCUUGGUCAUUUGUUUUGAUUUUCUGAAUCUGAUUGAUGAUAGCUUUGAUGGGUAUUGAGAAAAAUUGAGGAUUUAAUCUGUUUGGGUUAUUAUUGCAUUCUUGUGUUUGUAGAAAUGCCCCAAUGAGAAGUUUGAGCUGAUUUUGUUCUGGGUUGUUGUUUGUUUUGGUUUUUUUUUUUCAGGCGACGGGGAGAUGUAUUCACUUCGUUCAAACCCCAUGGAAUUGGCACAGUUGUGUUCAAUUUCUAGAGAUGUGUACAGUCCUGCCUGCAAGAGGGCUCGGAUUAGCUCCUCAUUCGCCUUCAAUUCCGAGGACAGCAAUAGACAACCAUCAAUCGAAGUUCUCCCUGAAGAGUGUCUCUUCGAGAUCCUCAGGCGAAUCCCCGGAGGCAAAGAGAGGGGCGCGUGCGCUUCAGUGUCUAAGAAGUGGCUCAUGGUGUUGAGCAGCAUCAGGAGAUCCGAAAUCUGCAAGCCGGUCUCGGGUUGCGGCGAUGUGGAGAUGGCGAGCGGUGAAAGCGUGGAGGAGCUCGAUGGGUGUCUCACAAGGUCAUUGGAAGGGAAGAAAGCAACCGACUUGAGGCUUGCUGCUAUUGCUGUGGGGACAAGCAGCCGGGGAGGUCUUGGCAAGCUUUGCAUUCGUGGAAACAGCAGCUCCUCUGGUCAUGGAGUCACUGAUCUUGGUCUAUCAGCAAUAGCUCGCGGCUGCCCUUCUCUCAGAACACUCUCUCUAUGGAAUGUGCCUCGGGUUAGUGACAAAGGGUUGUCUGCUAUAGCAAAGGAGUGCCAUUCAAUUGAAAAGCUCGACCUUUGCCAUUGUCCUUCAAUUACCGACGAGGGUUUGGCUGCAAUCGCUGGAAGCUGCCCCAAUUUGUCAUCUUUGAGCAUCGAAUCUUGCUCGAGGAUUGGCAAUGCCGGGGUACAAGCUGUUGCGAAGUUCUGUCCCAAGCUCCAAUCUUUAUCCAUCAAGGACUGCCCUCUCAUUGGCGACCAGGGUCUAUCAGCUCUAUUCUCGUCGUCUACAGCAAUAUCAAAGGUCAAGCUUCAGUCUUUAAACAUCACAGAUCUCUCUCUCGCAGUAGUUGGAUACUACGGCAAGUCUAUCACCAGUCUGGUCCUCACUGGCCUCCAAUUUGUCAGCGAGAAGGGGUUUUGGGUCAUGGGCAGUGCUAAAGGACUGGAAAAGUUGGCUUCUUUGGUGAUCACUUCUUGCAGGGGAACAACAGAUCUCGGCCUGGAAGCCAUCUCAAAGGGCUGCCCGAACCUGAAACAAAUUUGCCUCCGCAAGUGUUCGUUCGUGUCUGAUAAUGGGUUGAUGAGUUUCACCAGAUCAGCAGGCUGUCUCGAGAGCUUGCAGCUGGAAGAGUGCAAUCGAGUUACAGAAUCAGGAAUCAUCGGCGCAAUCUCAAACUGUGGAGCCAAGUUGAAAUCACUCAGCCUAGUGAGGUGCAUGGGAAUCAAGGAUACUACAGCAGGGCUCUCACUGUCAUCAUUGUCUCAAUGCAGCUCUCUCCGCUCUCUAUCCAUCAAGAACUGCCCAGGGUUCGGCAGUCUCGGACUAGCUCUCGUAGGCAACCUCUGCCCUCGACUCCAGCAUCUCGAACUGUCCGGGCUUCAUGGAGUUACCGACGCGGGGCUUCUCCCACUGCUGAGGAGCUGCAAUGCCGGUCUAGAGAAGGUCAACCUCAGCGACUGCUCGAGCUUGUCCGACGAAGUGGUCUCGACGUUGGCCAGGCUACACGGUGGAUCACUCGAGGUGUUGAACCUCGACGGCUGCAGGAGGGUCACCGACGCCAGCUUGGCUGCAAUCGCGGAGCACUGCAUGUUCCUCAGCGAUCUCGACGUGUCCAGGUGUGCGAUUACAGAUGCAGGGAUUGGGUACCUAUCAAAUGCCAAUCAGCUCAACAUUCAGGUGCUUUCGUUGUCCGGCUGCUGUUACUUGUCAAGCAAGGUACUGACUUGUUUGAAGAGAAUUGGGAGGACUCUUGUUGGGUUGAACCUACAGCACUGCAAUGGCAUCAGCAGCAAGACAGUCGAGGUUUUAGUGGAGAGCUUGUGGAGAUGUGAUAUCCUGUCCUAGAUCGAGAGAAGCGCAGUAUGUUCGCGUUUCAGUUUCGUCGUAGAUUCGUAGAUCACAGUCAGCACAGCAGCCAGCAGCAGCAGCAGAAUCCAGCAAAGUUUUUGGUCGUGUUUUUGGCCUAAUCUGCUAACCCAGAGCAGAAUAGGCCUAGCUACUAAACCAAGCCAAACCCGAAAAAGAAAAACAAAACACAGGCAUUUUGGUUGUUUCCCAGGGGAAGCUGUGGCUAAGAUCAUCACUCCUUUUUUCCUCACACCCAUCAUCAUCUGCCCUCUUUUUUGCAGGCUUAUACCAAGUCUGUUUAUGGCACCCCUACUCCUUCCAUAGAUCAUAGCCAUUGUUUCCCCUUUACAGUCACCAGAAAGCCACACAGUUUCCCCUCAUCCAAAAGUAAAAAAAGACAGUUCUUAGUUUGUGAGUCUCAACUAGUGGGACUCUCUCUAUCUAAAUAUCGCCAUGUUUAGACGAUCGUUUCUUUGUUCUGGGUUUCUGCUGGACUGCAAUCUCUUUCAUCAGAUGUUUUUAAGCUUCUGUCACUCAGAUCGACUACAGCUUUUCUCAAUUUACUUUGUUGGUUUAAGGUUAUGAAGUCUCUUUUGUGUUGCUAUGUUUAUGAAUAAAGAAUAAAUUCGGUCUGUCUGCUCCAUUGUAAGAUCAAAUCAUCGUGUGGUGUCUUGCUUGAUGUUGAAGUUUAAGCCUUUAUGUUUGAUGUUUGUCUUUCUUAUGGGGGGUUUGCUUUGAACAGUUUCCAUGUUAUGUUCAUGGUUUGUACCGUGCCCCUCUCUUCAAUAAAACAUGGUGCGUAUU